CAUUGCUUCUUUUCCCACGCCUGCUCGCCAAAACCCUGCGAAGCCGCUUCCACCGAAGGAAAGGCCUUCCGCUGCCCCCUUCCCCCCAAUUCUGUCUCGUCUUGCUUCUCUCGCCGGGGAUUUUGCCUAUUUGAGAGGUGGAAGGAAAGACUCCGAAGCGAACAGGUCCACGGAAGUCAGGGAAGGAGUGGUCGCGUGGAGUCGGAGUCGUGUCUGCCCUAAUCGGCUAGGCAGCAACUACGAAGAGUUCGCAACUUGUGGAGGCGGAAGAAAUAGCACCAGCGGCAGAGGAAGCUUGCUUCUGUGACUUACCCUAUUUAAUUCUGUUUGAGUUAUUGUCUGGCGAUUAGGGAUGAAGGUGAAGGUGAUUUCUCGCUCCACCGAGGAAUUUACACGCGAACGGAGCCAAGAUCUGCAGAAAGUUUUCCGGAACUAUGAUCCGAAGCUCCGUACCCAUGAGAAGGCAGUUGAAUAUACAAGGGCUUUAAAUGCCGCAAAGUUGGAAAAGAUAUUUGCAAGACCUUUCAUUGGAGCAAUGGAUGGACAUAUUGAUGCUGUAUCUUGUAUGGCAAAGAAUCCAAAUCACCUGAAAGGAAUAUUUUCUGGUUCAAUGGAUGGAGAUAUUCGUCUUUGGGAUAUAGCAACGAGGAAAACAGUUUGCCAGUUCCCUGGUCAUCAAGGUGCAGUGCGAGGUUUGACGUCAUCUACUGACGGAGAAAUGCUCAUAUCAUGUGGCACUGAUUGCACUGUCAGGCUAUGGAAAGUUCCUCUUUUGAAAAUGAUGGAUUCUCGUGAAUCAGAUGAAGAUUACUCAAAGUUUCAGCCACUGGCAGUUUAUGUGUGGAAGCAUGCCUUUUGGGCUGUUGAUCACCAAUGGGAUGGUCCUCUCUUUGCCACAGCUGGUUCUCAGGUCGAUAUAUGGGAUCACAACAGGUCAGAGCCCAUAAAUACUUUUGAAUGGGGUAAAGACACAGUUAUUUCUGUGCGAUUUAAUCCUGGAGAACCUGAUGUGAUAGCAACAUCGGCAAGUGAUCGCAGUAUAACUUUAUAUGAUUUACGCAUGUCAUCCCCAGUUAGGAAGCUAAUCAUGAGGACCAAGACUAAUGCGAUAUGCUGGAAUCCUAUGGAGCCAAUGAACUUUACAGCUGCAAAUGAAGACUGUAGCUGCUACAGUUAUGACACUAGGAAAUUGGAUGAAGCAAAGGUGGUGCAUAAAGAUCAUGUUUCUGCAGUGAUGGAUAUUGACUACUCUCCGACAGGCCGUGAGUUUGUGACUGGUUCUUAUGAUAGAACAGUGAGGAUCUUCCCAUACAAUGGGGACCAUAGUAGGGAGAUUUAUCAUACUAAACGGAUGCAAAGGGUAUUCUGUGUGAGGUACAGCUGUGAUGGUUCUUAUCUAAUUUCUGGAAGUGAUGAUACCAAUCUCCGGCUGUGGAAAGCGAAAUCUUCAGAACAGAUGGGAGUACUUCUACCUAGGGAACGUAAAAAGCAAGAAUAUCUAGAUGCUGUCAAAGAACGGUACAAGCAUCUUCCAGAGGUGAAGCGCAUAGUCAGGCACAGACACUUGCCAAAACCAAUCUACAAGGCGGCUGCAUUGAGACGUACAAUGAUUGAAGCCGAGAACAAGAGAGACCAGAAGAGGAGAGCUCAUAGUGCUCCUGGAAGCAUGCCCGUACAACCCUUCAGAAAGAGAAGAAUCAUCAAAGAAGACGAAUGACGUGAUGAGGGCAAAGGAAAGAAGACUUCUCUUUAAGCUUCAUGAAGUCAAUUGGUUUGAUUCUUUAUACACUGACCCAGCCCCAGGAUCAUGCCCUCCGAGCAUUUCCAUGAAGGUUGUUCAUCUGAUGAUCCUAUCACUGCCACUCGGAGCUCGUCAUUCUAUUUAAUGAUAUCGCGAGAAAUGCUUUGGCUUGUUGUGCCAUGUUUUGAAGUAGGGUUUGUGAAGACAAUUCAGUGUGUUGGAUUCCACAUUUUGUUUGAAACUCAAAUUACAGUUUACUCCGCACAGCGGCAUCUAUUUGCCAUUUUUACUUGAAAAACUCGCCAAGUGACUUUGAUUA